AUGGCCAUGAAGCAACAAUCCUCUUUUCGAGUCGACCAUGUUGGCUCAUUCAUCCGCCCAGAACCUCUUUUAACCCUUCGCACCCUUAUUGAUCAAGGCAGAAUCUGUUCUCGCGACCUACUCAAAGAAACUGAAGAUGCUGCUGUGGCUCAUGUCGUUCAACUCCAGCAGGAAGAAACACUUUUAUACCGAAUACCUUCUGCUGAUGUCUCUACAGAGAAAUAUACUAUGAGGCAGGCCGCCAGGGCUGACCCGCACGCAUCAUCUAAAUCUUUAAAGGGUGUCUUCGACAAACUGGAGGGUAUCACUAAUCAGCCGCACCGCGCGAUAACUGAGUUCAAAAGCUAUUGGCCUCACGUACAAAUUCUUCGCGGAAUGGGAUUCACUGAGUAUCCCUCCUGUUUCUGCUCGGGCAAGAUCAAACGCACGGUUCCUUUCUAUGUCGACCAAUUCAAAGCUCUAAUGGAUGUUGUUCCGCCAGAGGUUGUGAGGCGCUUGAAAGUCAACAUGUGCCCUCCUACUUGGUUUCACCAGUUCCAUGGAUCGGACCUGACUUACGACAAGUCUAUCUACAGCAACGACAAUGAAUACUUUGACGAUCUAGCCGUCGCGUACCGAGCUGAAAUCAGAGAGCUCUACGCGCUUGGGUGUCGAAACAUUCAAUUUGACGACCCAACGUUCUGUUUCCUUUGCAAUGAAGGCACUCUUAGAGAUAUGCAGCUGGUCGGAGAUGAUUCGCAAGCCCUAUUAGACACGUACAUUCGCGCCAUCAAUCUAUGCACAAAAGGUCGCCCUCAAGAUCUCACCAUAGGCCUACACAUGUGCCGUGGAAAUUUUAUGGGUGGCGUUCAUUUCACCGAAGGAAGCUACGAGCUGAUCGCGAAGAAAGUCUUCCAACAACUGGAUGUGGACACAUUUUAUCUGGAGUAUGAUGAUGCCCGCUCAGGCAGCUUUCUGCCAUUAAGAUAUGUUCCCAUCAACCGAACCGUCGUUUUGGGAAUCGUUACGACCAAACGUGCACAGGCCAGUUGCUUCCUUGAGGACCCAGAGCUUCUCAAAGCGCGUGUCUACCAAGCCGCCCAAGUGCUGAGCAAUGGCUUCCCUCGCCGAACGAUGGAGGUGGCGCUAAAUCAACUAUGCAUAAGGCUCACAGCAGCAUUCUCCUUCACGUCAACGACUCCAUCCCAAUGCGAUGACCUUCACAUAACUUGGACGGGCGGAAGCGGCUCGGGGUAUAGACUUCACAUCAUUCCCGUCUUUGGUGUUCCGCUCAACCUAUCUAUUCCCGACGCUGCAUAUAAUGCCGCUAAUAAAUCGGGAUCCUUCACAACACAACUACAAGCCAACGCGAGCGAUCGUAUCGUACUGACGAUGAGCGACAACACUGGAUUUGGUGCUGGUGGUGCUUCGCAGUUAUAUUCAGUUGGCAAGUCCUUGGGAGGCAACUGUGACCUCAAAGAGCAGCCGCUGGGAUUCGUAUUCGGACUAGAUCCCACUCCUACCCAAUGCCAAACAUCUACAUUCAGCCGUUACUUGGAAAACCGCGCAGUCCCGCCUGUGCGAAUAUUUGGCGUAAUUCCAAGCGGUACAAGCUUUCAGCUUGAGCCUGGCACCGCGUCAACAUUCAAAUGGAAAGCCAAUGUGUUCAAUUCGACCAGUCUAAUAUUUUUUAUGGUUGAUGCCAACCAGAACCAAGGGGGUUCAGAGCUGUUCAAUAUCGGUUUGUCCGGAGACACUUCUUGUAUUACCAGCGAUUCGCCUUCAACCACGACCCCCGAUGCAUCUCAGCAAACAUCAUCCCCCUCUCCAAGCCAUGUAACACACACUGGCUCAUCUCCCAUUGGCGCAAUCGCUGGCUCAGUAUUAGGAGCACUUGUCUUUCUUGCCGUCCUGAUCACUCUCGGUCUAUUCUUCCUCCGGCAGUGGCAAGAAAAGAAGCGACCAGCAGGCGGUAUGGAAUUCCGUCGGUCAUCUCGACCUAUGGACUCCGACUUCGAUUUAACAGCAGAUUCUCGACUUGUCCCUCAUUCACCUGCACCUUCCCCCUAUACUACUUCCUCUCCACCAGCACACUACCAAGCGCACUCGCAAUAUUUUUCGCAGCCUACAACUGACGGUACCAACCCUUUUGGUGCCUCGUCAGUGUCAUUGCAUGCUGCUCCCCCGUCUGUUAACGUUGAUCCAUUCAUGGACCAGUCGUCAGAGGGCUCGGCUCCCAAUACCAGCCGCAAAUCUGGCAUGUCCAGCUACAAACCCUCGCGAUAUAUAAUGCACACCGAUUCAGAGGACUACGAACCGCCUGCCAACGCAGAUGGUGUAGUCGAGCUACCACCGUCCUAUUCCGCGACGCGAGCACCAGCCAAAGGUUUACCGCCGUCCUGA